AUAAUACGAAAUUUAAACAGCCUCAAGGAUUGUGUGGGAAUAUGUUUUAUAUUCGGCUCUUCUAUAAAACCAUUGAAAGCUCGUUUUAAUUGGUUCUGAAACAUUGGAAGUGUAUGAUUAGGAUUGGAAUAUAUUCAGAAUGCUUUGGAUCAGAUGAAAAAUUAUUCAAAGAUAUUUGCCAAUAUUUGCCAAUAUUUGAAAAUAUUCACACGUUUAUUCAUCAAAAAAGAAAGAACAAAAUCCUCCAAAAUAUUUCACUUGGUUUGUAGCAAAUGUUACAUCAAAGCUAUAAUGAAAUCUGUAUAGUAUUAAAGGAAACAUUGAAUUUUUCUUGUUAAGAUUGUUGUUUUUAUUGUCUUAUCAUUUCUUUUUAAUUAUUAAAAGAAAAAAUGUUAAAGCCUACAAAAUAUAGUAUUGAU